GGAAGAAGCACAUAGCUUAGCUCCGUGUCGCCACUGGCCAAUUGAGUUUUUACUAAAGGUUUGAGGCUAAAGAGGUUGUCUCGGCUUGAAACUUGGAUCUACACCUUAACCAUCACGUUUAUCCCGAAUAGAGCUGUUGCAAUGCAACCUUGCCGACCAAAUGCCAUUGCCAAAGUCAGCUGAAUGCUGGAAAUGGGCGGGAUCAAACGUAUAUAAAGCCUCACAUACCUCCAGCAGCAAUUCCUCAUCCAACCCAGCUUCGACAGCAUCUCUCUCUUCUUUUCAUUCGCUUUCUAUUCACAAAAACUAUUUUACGAUCUUUAUUAUCUUUCCUUUUUUGUUUUCAACAUGCGUCUCGUUUAUUCUACUGUUGCCUUGACGGCAACAGCUCUCGCAGUCCCGGUGACUGUUCCUUCUACCUAUCACCGUACUUCGAC